GUAAGUACCCUCUUGGGUUUUCUGAAGCUUCUGCUAUACUGGCUGGCGACCUGCCCGUCAGUGCUGGGGAGCUUCGCAACCUCGCCUGUGAUGAUACCACUGGCCAUCGACCUCACGUGCUUGGAUGGCCGAUGUGGGCCUUUCUGCCGCACGCAGAUUGAAGGUCUCGCUUGUUUGGUCAUGGGGGCCUGCAUCAAAGCAGAGCACACUGAGGCAGAUGUGACUGCGCUGAUGUCCCUGAUUGCCCGACGUGUAGGCAUUGAGGCCUAUCAGCACAAGGUGGAGUCACUUUGGAGGUCAGAAGCGUUGCAGCGCCCGCCGAGGGGCCUGGCUGAAUUCCGCUGCUAUAAUGGCCACUAUCGCAUCUUUGUGCGAGAGCAGCAGCGCGCUGUGCAGCGUCGCAUGGUGCAGCUUUAUGUUGCAGAAGGCUCGGGUGGGGGUGGUCUCAGCGAAGACGUCGCUGAACACUACAAGCAGUUGAUCCGAGUCCAGGACGCAGACCUGCGAGAGGUCCGUCAUGAAAACGAGCAGCUCCGCUCGGAGGUUGAAGCCUUCAUGAAGCGCACGUUGAAAGCAAGUUCUGCUGCCCUGGCAGACAAGGCGGAUGCUUUGGAAAUGGAGAACAAGGCAUUGCAUUUGGAAGUGAAUGAGCUGCAGCAAGAGCUGGACCAGCGUGUGGGUCGACUUGAACAGGAGCGUCAGAAGCUUCGAGUGGCAGUUUCCGAGCUGGAGCUGCAACUCCAGUCUAUGGCCGUAAGCUACGGGCAGGUCGAGCAAAACAACGCCGAAUUGCGCGCGGCGAUCGCUGCAUUGUCCUCAGUUUUUGACAACUCAGACAAUUUUGCAACUGGCGAAGUGCGAAGCCUGCGAGCCUACGAGCGUGUUGCGAGGAAUCGAUUCACCACGACGAUGACAGUGGAGUUUGCCGACAAUGUCGCCUCCGAGAAGCUCGCGACUCCUCCGCAGGCCAGCAACAAGGACCGAGCUCGCUAUGAGCUGCAGUUCUACAAGACUCGCCAGUGCUCGUUCUUCGAGAAGGGCAAGUGCAAUCGGGGCAGCAACUGCAAGUAUGCACAUGGCAUUUCGGAGCUGCAAGCACGUCCCGAUCUCUCAUUCACAUCGCUUUGCCGUAAGUUCGCAGCCACCGGUGUCUGCGACGAUCCUGCAUGCUCCUUCGCUCACAACCCGGAGCAGCUCCGCGCGACCAAGAAGUUCUUCAAGACAUCGCUGUGCAAGUUCCACCUGAACGGGCGUUGCCGACUGGGUGAGGAGUGCCGGCACGCCCAUGGUGAACACGAACUUUUGCAAGCUCCACAGCCUCCCCAGAAGGUGGCCAUCGCCGCACCCCCAGGCCUCGCCGAGCCUGACGUGCAAGCCCAACCAGGCUUCGACUUGAGCCAGAGCUAUGCAGCCUCUCUCUUGUUGAAUGCUGCAGCUACAGGUGGGAACUUCGGACAAAGUGGUUACACCGGCACUACGGCAGGACGUCAAGGCAAUUGGCCGAUUUCGUCCCUGGCGCAGAAGGAAAUGACUCUGCAGUCUGACGUCGGGCCUGCCUUCAUUUCGCUCAGCCCUCUGAUGCGACAGGAUGCAGCGGCCCAGAUCAAUCCAUUCUUGUCAGGAUCAGCUGAAUCAGUUGCCAAGAGCCUGGCCGUCCUUGGCCAGCCCUUCUGCGUGCCUUUGCUGCAGCCAAGUUGUCCAUUCAUGUCGAAUAAAAACGACGUCCACCAUCACGCAGUUUCGCAUUUCUUCAUGUCGAAACGCUUUUGUGCCUGA